AUGGUCCGCAAUGGCAGUCCGUCGCCGGCGGACAACUUUCCGCUAGGUCAUUCCGCGACAUCCCCCCAACCUCAACCUUCGAAGCGCGACAAACGACGCAACAUGCUCGCCGAGAAGCUCGCGGAGAUGAUGGCCACAUUCUCCGACAAUAGGGACAGCCAUUACAGAGCCCAGCUUGCCGCGCUACAAGCCGACAUCAACCUGAUUAUGAAGGCGGAUCCAUAUGCGAACCAGCCGCUCGAAGACGGCGGCGAAGAGGCCACAGAGCUCAUCUCGCAAAUCAUGGGGAACAACGUACCUACCGCACCAAGCGCCGGUACCGAUUACAUUGCGCAAUGUGGAAAACACUAUUCGCGAUUUGUAGAUGCCGUCAAUGAUGCGAUGGAAGAGCGCGACUACAACCUGACAAUGCUCUGGAACAAGAACCAGAACACGAAGAACGAGAUCGAAAACUCACACUACUACAAAGUCCAAAUCGCCGAAGAAGAGCACAAGCUGCUCGCUGCCACCAUCCGCGAACGACUCGUCGCAAGCAUACAACAACGGACAAACAGACUGAAGCGAGAGAAGGAGCAACUGGACCUAUCCGACAGCAAUGCGAUGCUCCUCCAUCCCAAUCAGUUCAGCAUAGGGCAUCCUGCAAGCCCUGGCGGUCCACAAGCCCCCCGGAAGACUAGGAGAACAGGACACAAAUUUGGCGACGCCGAGGAUAUGGCUGCUGCUACCGAGCACAAGCGAAAGCGCAAGCUGUACGAAGACCAGGAUAACGAUUCCCCAGGUCCCUCUGGUCGCCCUACCGAGAUGGGCAUCGGCUCACCCUUCCGCGAAGCCAAAGCGCGCACCAUCAAUGCCCAGUUCGAGUCGUCUGCAUACUCCCUCGAGCGCUUGUUCAGCGAGAAGGAGCUCAACAUGGCUAUGAACCAAGCCACCAUGGCCGCCUCCCACUUUUUCGCCAAGAUGAAGAACACAGAGGCUGCACCGCAGGAAGCCACAACAAACGGCAACACCAAUGGCACAAACGGCGACCACGCUUCCGAAAACGGAGACGCCAUGGAUCAGGAUCAAGAUUCCGACGACGUGCCCGGCGCGACGGAUAUGAUGCGUCAACACUCGUCGAACCCUCACGCUACCCGCGGCGCUACACGCUCAGCACUGAACCCCACGGCAGCCAUAGUCAGCGGACAAAUACCUCCAUUCAUCUACAACCCGCCAUUCGUUCUGGAUGCCAAGAUUUUCCAAAAGAUCAACGCCUCAGCACCGCCACCACCUCCUCUUGGCGCACACGACAUCGAGCAAGAUCUGAAGCUAAUGCUUAGGGAAGCACCGCCGGACGACGAUAUCAACGAAAAGCUCCUGCAAGCCGCAUGCAAUCCUGUCAAAGCGCGUGAUUACCAAGUCCAGCCACCUAACUUCUCGGAGCCAGUCCACGAGAUGACGAGCGCUCUUAGGAGCACAGCACCUCAUUUAGAGGUGGGCGCAAGCUUAGGUGGUGUUCCGAUGAGCGCGCAGAGCAGCAUGGCGGGGUGGUCAGACGCUGGUGGAAACACACCACUGGGACGUUACGGCGACAGAGAUUCGCUGGCUGUUGGUGGCCACGGUGGCGGUGUUGCGAUGACACGGACAGCGAGUGGUAGCGGAAGGGGACGCGGCAGGGGACGUGCUUAG